AGAUCAGACAAAGGCAGCAGGAAGCCCCUUGGCUUGGCAAUGCGUGCAAGCCGAGCACAAAUGCAAAGCGAAACCUAUUGCUUUUUAUGAUUGUAAUAGAACGAGACGCUCAAACCGGUCCGGAUUUUUCUACAUUAAGGGGACUGUAAAGAGCUUUUUCGACAAUGUAUGAUCGUUUGGAUCCCCGGGGAGAACGAGAAUGGGUACCAGAAACCGAAGUGGAAAGUGCGGUGUGAUCGCCAGCGCGUGUGUAUUUUUUUUCUUUCGGUGAGGAUUGCAUUGGAACUAGUUUUUUGGGGUCUUUUUGCAUUUGAAUCCUACUGCGCAACCCAGACGGAUCACGUGGGACGUAGAAUUGGUCAAUUUGCACAUAUAUAUAUAUCCUGGUAGUAUAUGAAAAAAAGAAACGAUAAAGAUUAUAAAAAUAGUCGUUUUCUUUGAUUAUAAAGGGGCGAGUUAAGAAAGCGGUUGGCUUAAUAAAAUAAAACUAAAAUACUAAGCAUUUUUUAUGAAUAUUUAAAAUGGAGACGCACAUUUCGUGCCUCUUCCCGGAGAUUCUAGCGAUGAUCUUCAGUUACUUGGAUGUCAGGGACAAAGGCAGGGUUGCUCAGGUCUGUACGGCUUGGAGGGACGCUGCUUACCACAAGUCGGUCUGGCGAGGGGUGGAAGCGAAGUUACAUUUAAGGAGGGCCAACCCUUCCCUGUUCCCGAGCCUACAGGCCCGGGGAAUCCGGAGAGUGCAGAUUCUCAGCCUGCGGCGCAGCCUGAGCUACGUGAUCCAGGGGAUGCCAAAUAUCGAGAGCCUAAACCUCAGUGGCUGCUACAACUUAACCGACAACGGCCUUGGACACGCUUUCGUGCAGGAAAUCCCGUCCCUGCGCGUCCUGAACCUCAGCCUGUGCAAGCAGAUCACGGACUCCAGCCUCGGCAGGAUCGCCCAGUAUCUGAAGAGCUUGGAAGUUCUGGAGCUUGGGGGCUGUAGCAAUAUCACCAACACCGGGCUGCUGCUGAUAGCGUGGGGCUUGCACAGACUCAAGAGCCUCAACCUGCGCAGCUGCAGGCACGUCUCUGACGUUGGCAUCGGUCACCUGGCUGGCAUGACCCGAAGCGCGGCCGAGGGCUGCCUGAACUUGGAAUACCUGACGCUGCAAGACUGCCAGAAGUUGACGGACCUGUCCCUCAAGCACAUAUCCAAAGGCCUGGCCAAGCUCAAAGUGCUCAACCUGAGCUUCUGUGGUGGCAUCUCUGACGCGGGCAUGAUCCACCUGUCCCACAUGACCAGCCUCUGGAGCCUCAACUUGAGGUCCUGCGACAACAUCAGUGACACUGGCAUCAUGCACCUGGCCAUGGGCACGCUGAGGCUGUCUGGGCUGGACGUCUCCUUCUGCGACAAGAUCGGCGACCAAAGCUUGGCGUACAUCGCCCAGGGUUUGUACCAGCUCAAAUCUUUGUCUCUGUGCUCCUGUCACAUCAGUGACGAUGGCAUCAACAGGAUGGUGAGGCAAAUGCACGAACUGAGGACCCUAAACAUCGGCCAGUGCGUUCGGAUCACAGACAAAGGGCUUGAGCUCAUUGCCGACCAUUUAACGCAGCUCACGGGCAUAGACCUUUAUGGAUGUACAAAAAUCACUAAAAGGGGACUAGAGAGGAUAACACAGCUCCCUUGCCUUAAAGUUUUGAACCUGGGACUCUGGCAGAUGACCGAGAGCGAAAAAGUGAGGUGAAAAUUGCAAGAUGGGAAGAGGGGAGGGGAGUAGACACUAAAAUAAUCUUCUAUUGGUCAGACUUCAAGUUGGAAGGAGUUAAACAUUUGAAUUCCUUUAUAAAACUUCAAAACUGUGACACUUAUUUCCCAACAGUGCAAAAUCAAAACAUUUUUUUAAUUAAUGGUUUUUAUUCUCUGCUUGUAAUUUAAACACAGAAACGAUGGCUAUUAUUUCUCCAGCAAUCCAUUGUUCUAAACUUUAAAAUCGUAUUUUAAGCCAUUUUAUUGUUUUAAAAAAGACAGACCCCCCCCCCCCCCCCCCCCCCCCC